AAGCCAGUAUCAGGCAACCAGAAAGGAACUUCAUAUAAAAAGGCUUGACUGGGUCCCUUUUUCUGCAGUCAGAGUGCAGACGGGGACCAGAAACCUAAGGCAAUCAUGGCAGGUGUUUCUUUGACCCUUGUGCUUCUUUUCUGUCUUCUUUGUAGAACUGAAGAAAAUAGUGAAGGUUCCUCUUACGGUGACAUAAUGAACGUUGAAACUACAGGGGCUUCUAGUCGAACUGCAAAAGCAGAACGCCUGGGUUAUGUUGGAGUCCAAGCUUCAGAAACUAUUGCAGCAAGAGAUCUACCUAGGAUGGAGUCGUACAGAUCAGAGAUUGAGCGUGCCAGUGAAAGUACAGGCAUGGAUGGAGCUGUGAUUGCAGGUAUAAUCUCUCGAGAAUCUCAUGCUGGAAGUGUCCUGAGGAAUGGCUGGGGUGACCGUGGAAACGGAUUUGGCUUGAUGCAGGUUGAUAGAAGAUUCCAUGUCCCAGAAGGCUCAUGGAAUAGUGAGGCACUUAUUACUCAGGGUGCCACCAUUCUGCGCGACAGUGUAGAUGCUGUUGCAAGGAAGUUUCCAGAAUGGACCAGCGAACAGCAGCUCAAAGGCGGAAUUUCAGCCUACAAUGCAGGAGUUGGUAAUGUCCGAACCUAUGACAGAAUGGAUAGCCGCACAACAGGGAGUGAUUAUGCCAAUGAUGUUGCUGCCAGAGCCCAGUAUUACAAGAGACAUGGAUUCUAAUAAUGCUUUUACUCUCCUGUUUGACUACUUUAAAGUAAUAAUUUGCAACAAACUCCUUUAGUAAAACUUAAUUUGUAUAUUAUCUAUAAAAACAUAAUUCUCAUAAUUUUUAGUGCCAUUAGGAGCUAAUGGCUUAAACAGAUCAAGUUGUAUUGCAGGAAUCUUGGUUAAAAUCUUGCCUCUGCCUCCAGCUCACUAGCUGAUAUUCUCAGUCUUUCUGUGCAACCCUGUGCAGAAUUACACUAGUCUAAACCUAUUGAUUGCAGUGGGCUUAGUUUGGAGUAACUGCAUAGGAUUACACUAUUAGUCACUUAUCUGCCAUAUGUUGACAAUACUGCCCAUUUUACAGUGCUUUGUGUGGAUUCUUACAACAAAACACAGGAUAUGCAUUUGGGAUUGUCUUAUCCACCCUGAUAGAUAGGGCAGAAGGAACUUCCCUGAGCACAGCAAAGAUGAACCAGAAUGUCAAAACUCAUAAUGGUUUUUAUGUCAUUACUCUAGCAGAUCACUUGGCACUUAAGUAUGUAUUGGGGGAAAAUAAACACAUAUCUGUGUAA